UCUCUUACACAGUGUCAGUGAACAUGGAAGAGUCAGUUAUCUUACAAACAAGGUUAGGCCGGCUGAAAGGUUUGGUCCAACAAUCCGUUUUGACUGGGAAGCCUUAUUAUUCAUUUCGAGGCAUUCCUUAUGGAAAACCACCACUUGGAGAACUCAGAUUCAAGGCACCUCAGCCGUUUGGCAGUUGGGAAGGUACCAGAGAUGCACUUAAAGAUGGCAAUGCGUCUAAACAACCUGUUUUGGCAACAGAAACACAGGUAUUAGCUGACGGAGAUGAAGACUGCCUCUAUCUCAACGUUUAUUUCAACCAGCUUCCAGAAAAAGGGAGAUCUAAAAAGCCAGUCCUAGUUUCAAUCCAUGGAGGGGGCUUCCUUCUUGGAUCUGGCAACUCAAAAACAAAUGGUCCAGACUUCUUACUUUAUGAAGACAUCAUCGUCGUUACUUUCAACUAUCGUUGUGGUGCCUUUGGAUUCCUGUCACUGGAAAGUGACGAUGUCCCAGGGAACGCUGGACUCAAGGAUCAGACUUUGGCCUUGAAGUGGGUUCGUGACAACAUUGACAGUUUUGGUGGAGAUCCCAAAAACGUCACUAUUUUUGGUAUCAGUGCUGGAGGAGCGUCUGUAGCAUACAAUCUGAUCUCUCCUUUAUCAAGAGGACUGUUUCAUAAGGCCAUCAUACAAAGUGGGUUUGCACUGAAUCCAUGGGCUGUACAGCAUGAUCCGAAGUCUCGUGCCAUUAAACUAGCCAAGGUUCUAGGAUGUGAGGCUUCUGAGGAUCCUGAUUUUAUUGUUCGGUUUCUUCAGUCUGUGCCUGCAGAUGAGAUUGUUGGAGCUACACAGAAAAUGGCCGCUGAAAAGGAAUAUACAAGAAACUACACAUUGGUUUUUAUGCCAUGUGUUGAAAUCUCAGGUUCAGACCCUUUUCUUUCCGACACCCCAGAAGCUCUAAUGCAAAGAGGAGAGUUUGCUCAGGUUCCAGUCAUUCUUGGGUGCACUGUGAAAGAGGGAUCAGUCGCCGCUUUCUUUGAUGGAGUCAGUGAUAGAGCUUUCAAAAGUUUUAACGACAACCCGGAAUGGCUAGUUUCACCAUUAUUGGGGCUAAAACAUGGAAGUGUGGAAGAAAAAGAAGCAACGAAAAUUAUUUGGGACUUCUACUUAAAAGGAAAACAUAUCUCUUGGAAUAAUGCCAAUGAUUACUUGUUGUGCCAAAGUGACGUACGGUUCAAUAUUGGAAUGGAGCAAACCAGAACAAUGUUACUGGAAAAGUCCUCAGCUCCAGUCUACACAUACCUGUUCACCAACCACACCAGAUGUAUCUGUCAAUUAUUUAAAACCGUUUUCGCUGAAAAUGCUUCAAAAGUCAUUAAUUCAGAAUCGUGCCAUGGGGCGGACUUGCAGUUCUUAUACCUUUUCCGAGAUGACCGUUUAGAAACUCCCGAAUUAACCCAUACUGAAAAAGAAGCUAUAAAGAAACAUGUUAAGGCAUGGGCUUCUUUUGCGUCCACGGGUAAUCCAAAUUACGAGGAACUGGGAGUGACUUGGAAAAAGGACUCUAAGGAGAACCCAUGUUUUAUGGAAAUAGGAGAAUCUUGGAAAGCGAGGAGUGGGCACAUUCUUCCAGAUAGAACGAAUUUCUGGAUGGGACUCGCCUCUAAAUACCACAAGACUUGGUGGGUCUCAGAGUGAGACCUAAAACUAAUUAUUCUGAUAAAUACAACCGAAUACAUCCUUUUCUUAUUUUGAGUAUUCCAAAACCUUUAUAUGCAGUGAAUAAAUAAUUAUGUUAAAACUAUUAAUAAAGUAUAUAAUUAUUUUCAAA